ACUAAUUUAAUAAUACUCGAUGGGCCAGUAAGAUUCGUAGCGUUAUUUGGUCGCGAUUGGAUGGAUUUAUUUUAUCCUCAAUGGCGAAACACUUUCUUGACAACCAUGCCUAUUAAUUCGAUGGAACCCAAUCGACAAGAAAUAAAGGGUUAUGAUGCGGAUCUUGUGCUAAAGGAGGAUAGACCGGUAUUUCGUAAAGCUUAUGAUGUGCCUUUCAAGCUGAGAGAAAAAGUUGUACAACAUUUAGAUUCGUUGGAAAGACAAAAUGUGAUUUCCCCAAUCCAGGCAUGUCGUCAAUGCGCACAGGGACCAGCUAAAGCUCGUGAAACCAUCAAUGACCUAUUCGAGAUUGCCAAUAUCGAUACCAACAUCGACAAGGAAAAGGACGAGAAGCAUUUCUGAUGAGGAUGAGUUUCAUGGGUUUCCGGAUGUUCCACUAGUCCCGGAGAUCGAAGGGAAUAAUGGUAGGCGUUUCAAAAUAGCGAAGCGCAGUCCCAUUUCUACCCGCAGCCGUACGAGAACAAUUAAAGAUGCGACGAUCCAGAUUUGUGGUGGUGCUAGUGAUCAUGAGUGUUAACGGUUAUCUAAUUUAUUGUAAAAAGAAAAAAAGAGAAGAUUCUGAAAAAUAAGUUUAGCAAAUUACUAAAAAAAAACAAAAUUAAACUUUCGAAUAAGCAUGAAGUUUAGUACCAUAAGAAACACAUAAAAUUAUUCGCAAUUAUAAAAACAAACAAAAUUCCAUUUCCAUUUUCAAGAAUUUUGAUACGAUCGAUAUUUUAAACUAAAGGGAAAAGAACUGUUAUAUUCGAUAUAAGGUCUGAUACCAUGAAAUGAACUUUAUAGCUAAACGAUCACUAUAGUGAGUUCUGAGUUAUAAAUACUAUGUACGAAACAAUCUCGAUAAGAAUAAAUCUCUCUCUUGUAUCUAGACAUU